CAGAGGGUCUUCCUCAGGUCUUCUACUUUGGGCCCUGUGGGAAAUACAAUGCCAUGGUGUUAGAGUUGCUUGGCCCCAGUCUAGAAGACCUCUUUGACCUCUGUGACAGGACCUUCUCUCUCAAGACAGUCUUAAUGAUGGCUAUUCAGCUGGUAAGUAAAGUUUGCAUCCAAAUGACAAAAGCUUGUUGUCGUGAAUUAUGCCCAUGUAUCUGUUCUGAUUGUACGUCCCAGUGUGUCCACUCGUGUUUUAAUGAUAGUUUUUUGGUGUGCGUGGAGUUGUGUGUACAUCUUUUUUGAGUGCAUGCGUUUGACCGUCACACACUCUCCGUUCCUCAGCUCUCCCGGAUGGAAUACGUCCACUCCAAGAACCUCAUCUACCGAGACGUGAAGCCCGAGAACUUCCUCAUCGGGCGGCAGGGGCACAAGCAGGAGCACAUCAUCCACAUCAUCGACUUUGGCCUGGCUAAAGAGUACAUCGACCCAGAGACCAAAAAACACAUUCCCUACAGGGAGCACAAGAGUCUCACAGGGACCGCCCGCUACAUGUCUAUCAACACCCACUUGGGAAAAGGUAGGGCUACAGUACUUCUCCCCUCUACCAGACAACUAAACUUGUCUCAACUUCCCUGAGUGGUACUUGCAUGGAUACAGUAUAGGCUAUUCUCUCAUGUUUGAUUGGCUGAACUCUACAAUUUGAAGGGCAUUGCCUUUGAGAAUUUGUGUACACAUAGCCGGGGAAGUCGUUUGGGGGUGCUGCACAUUUUUUCCGGGGGGGGUGGGGGGGUGUGGGGGGGGGGGGGGGGGGGUGGUGUGACGAAACAAUGAAUUUCCCUCCCCAAAAAUAUUUUUAUUUAUGAAAUAGCGCGGUGCAGCUGCCUUCACUUCACAAGGAAGCAGGUGAGUAGUGCUGGGGGAGCCUGAGGGAACUCACUUUUUUCUACUUGAGAAUACACUGAACAUUUAUUCAGAGCAAUUCUAAAUAAAUAAUAUUUAAUCACCACAAAAAGUCAAUUAAAACACGAUACAAUUACAAACCAAAUACAUAUGUAGGCUACAGCAGCCUAGAGGUAGGUCAAUUGUGGUUUCAGCCUUGUCUUCUCUCUGGCGAAUGAUGAACAACUGUAGGCUACAUGUGUGCUCUGUUGCAGUUUCACCGGUAAAACAUUAAUAAUUAUCAUUCAUGAUUGACAGUGAUGAUGGCCUAUAGGUAUGCCUAACUUGGUGUUUGAGGAUAUAAAAAAUAUAAAAUGUUCUUGAGACAAUAUAUGUGGGCAUAAGCAGACGUUGCAAUUGGAGGAUGCAUUUUAUGCAUAUUUUAUAACAGGGAUCUCCAACCCUGUUCCUGGAGAGCUACCAUCCUUUAGGUUUUCAUUCCAACCCUAAUCUAGUGCACCUGAUUCUAAUAAGUAGCUGAAUGGGGUUAGUAACAACUGGGGUUGGAGUGAAACCCUAAAGGACGGUAGCGCUCCAGGUACAGGGUUGGAUAGCCCUGUAAUGAUAGGCUAUUAAAUAGGCUAUUAUCUGUCGGUACAAACCUUGAUUGAGGAAAUGAUGACGUCAUUUACAUAUUUUUUGCGGCUCCCUCCUCUGAAAAAAAAUAGCACUACACCACUGCAAGUAAUAUCUGUGGUAGGUCUGUUGCCGGUGAUGUCUGUAAACUGCAUGUGUUCCCCGCUGGCUUCAUUCAUCUGAGCAGAAGCCAAAAUACAAUCUUCCUGUGCUCAUUACGAACAGGGUAAAUAAAGCACCUUGAAUGACAGCACCAUAUGGACAACUCAACCGUUCACCUGGAGACUUCGUGCCGCUAUUUUGAUCUGACAUUGUGUCAUAGCCUACACUUGGAUUAGCCUACACUGUAAUUCAUAAAACUGAACUGGAUUAUUUUACCGCACUCCAAUGCAUGCACGAUUUAUGCAAUAAACUGAGAUACUGUAUAUUGCGGCGCCAUUAUUGUUUUUGGGCUGCGCUACAGACGGCUAUAUCGGUCUGCUAAAACAGGACUAGUAAAAGCCCAGUGAACUACUUUUGUAAAAUAUUUAUCCAGAUUUUUCAGGGGUUCCUUCAGCACCCCUACUUCCCGCGGCUAUAUGUGUACAUACAUAGCAUUUAAUGUCACUAAACCAGAGGUCAUUCAAAUUCAGAAAGGUUCUAUUUUGUUCCUAAUUUGGAGCUGAAUGCAUUGAAAGUCCUACAUAAGCCAUAAGCCCCAACACAAGGGUAUGGUAGGUAGGUUAAACGUCGGUCACAGCUUAAAGCGGACACCCCUCCCUUUUGUUUCAGAGCAAAGUCGACGGGAUGACCUGGAAGCCCUGGGCCACAUGUUCAUGUAUUUCCUACGAGGGAGUCUGCCAUGGCAAGGACUCAAGGUAGGGGAGCUAGGCAUGAUAUCAGCUGGGUUGUGUUCAGUAGGCACAAAAUGGAUAGCACUAUCUGAAUUUGUCCAAUAUAGAAAUGCUCAUUUUUGUUUUCUGUUGCAUAACAUUUUGCUACGAUGUGCUCUAAUAAUGAUCACAACCCAGAUAUUAGGAGAGUGUGAUGCACUACUAGUAGUGAUUCACAGAGGGGAAGAGGGAAUGGUAGCCUAAACUAAACAGAAGAGCAAAAAAGAGGGAGAUUGAAAGACUGGCAAGGAAGAGCGAAGGCAAAAUGUAACAUUCGGGUGAAGGGAGGGGAAAGGAGUGAGAAAAGAUAGCAAGAGUGUGUUUGAACUCAAUUUGUACCUUCUACCUACAGGCUGACACCCUGAAAGAGCGAUACCAGAAGAUUGGAGACACCAAGCGCAACACUCCCAUCGAGGUCCUCUGUGAAAGCUUUCCAGGUAUUGCCAGUCUUCCUUCCUGACCCUGACACUAGUGCAUGCCUUUCCUAAAACACACGCUCUGCACUGCAUACGUAGUAAAAUGGCAGUAAAUAAUCGCAAUAGAAUAUACAAGAGCAAGCUGUACUGAGAAAUGGGCUCAAGUGAGCAGAAGAUGAUUCUUGAAGGAAAGGCGCAUCGGGGAGGGAUUGGAAAAGUAUGCACUUGCAAGACAAUGUUUGCAAAUGCUUCCUUGACCUUUGAAAGCUCAAUGACCACAUUUUCCUCCUUUAUCUGUUCUGAGGAUAAUGGCCUUAUCUCUCAAGUACAUCUGUUGGUAUGGAUCAAUUGUGUUCCACAAAAAAUGUAUUCUACUUUGUUACAUAAGGUGCUGCAAUUCCAUGCAACCAUGCGGUCUUGGUGCAAUCUAUUGUUAGGUAUGACUAGAUGGAGCUCUUGUUUUGCCUGAACCAUGUUGACUGACUGUGUCGACCCCUUAUAGAAGAGAUGGCCACGUACCUGCGCUACGUGCGGCGGUUGGACUUCUUUGAGAAGCCCGACUACGAGUAUUUGAGGACUCUGUUCACCGAGCUGUUUGAGCGAAAAGGUUACACCUUUGACUACACCUACGACUGGGACGGCAGACCGAUUGUGAGUAGCUAGUGCUCACAUGCUAAAUAGCAUAAGUGUAGGCUCACAAUAGUCAUAUAGGGGCUAUUGAAAGAGACUUGUUAACUGUUCAGUCCUGUAUGUUUUGGUAUAAUAAUAACUUUAUUUGUGUACCGUUCAUAGCUGGAAAGUCGUGAAAUCACAAGUACAAUAGACAUUUAAAACACAAGUGAAAGGCAUACAAUACUGUAAAACUAGUUUUUCAAAGAAGACACUUCAGACUUUUGGGCAGCUCUCCAAUUGAGCCUUUUUGUCUCUCUGUCUCUCGCUGUCUCUCUCUCGCUGUCUCGCUCUGUCUGUCUGUCUGUCUGUGUGUGAGUGUGUUAUAUUUACUUUGUUGUUUCUGCUCCAAUGGUCUCUCUCUCUCAGCCUACUCCAGUGGGGUCUGUCAACGUGGACUCGGGUGCGUCUGCCAUCACGAGAGAGAGCCACGCUAACAGAGACAGGCCCUCUCAGCAACAACCCCUACGGAACCAGGUAAACACAGUAGUCUCACUCAGCAGUUCACUUCGGCUCUGCCUGUUUAUCUGAAAAUGGCAAUAAUUUCAAGAAAAUCUACUAAAAUCCUAUUCAUAAAUCAACAAAUCCUCUUGGAAAAUGAGAUUUUUUUGGCGCCACUUCAUGAAUGCAAUUUCAGUUUAUUUUUGCUAUAAUGUCAUCAACCCCAAUUGUUCUACUCAAUUCCAUUUCCACUCCUGUCAGUUGAAUUGGACAAGGAAUUUCACCAUAGGAGAGCCAAUCCAGUUCCCAAAUUGACAGAGAUUGAAAUGGACAGUUGUCACAAAGUGCUUAUACAGAAACCCAGCCUAAAACCCCAAACAGUAAGCAAUGCAGAUGUAGAAGCACAGUGGCUAGGAAAAACUCCCAAGAAAGGCAGGAACCUAUGAAUAAAGUGAGAGGAUCGAAUCAGCAGGUCCGGGAGAAGGUAGCACAACUGGUGAACAGGUCAGAGGUCCAUAGCCGCAGGCAGAACUUCAGAAACUAGAUCAGCAGCACGACCAGGUGGAACGGGGACAGUCAGGAGUCGUCAGGCCAGGUAGUCCUGAGGCAUGGUCCUAGGGCUCAGGUCCUCAGAGAGGGAGGGAGGGAGGGAGAGAGGUAACCUAAGAUCACACAGGACACCAGAUAACAGGAGAAUUAUAUCAGACAGGACAGACUGACCCUAGCCCCCCGGCACAUAGACUAUUGCAGCAUAGAUACUGGAGACUGAGACAGGAGGGGUCGGGGAACACUGUGGCCCCGUCCAAAGUUACCCCCGGACAGGGCCAACCAGGCAGGAUGUAACCCCAACCACUUUGCCAAAGCACAGCCCGCACACCAGUAAAGGGAUAUCAAUAGACCACUAACUUACUACCCUGAGACAAGGCUGAGUAUAGCCCACGAAGAUCUCCCCCACCACACGAUCCUGAGUACAGGAAGGAUGUGAGCAAGCCAGUGACUUAGCCUCCGUCAUAGGGUCAGAGAUAGAGAAUCCCAGUGGAGAGAGGGGAGACAGCAAGGGUGGUUCGUCACUCCAGUGCCUUGCCGUUCACCUUCGCACCCCAGACUAUAUGCAAUCAUAGGACCUACUGAAAAGAUGAGUCUUCAGUAAAGACUUAAAGGUUGAGACUGAGUCUGCGUCUCUCACAUGGAUCGGCAGACCAUUCCAUAAAAUGUUUUGCUGUAUAUGAGAAAGCCCUGCCUCCAGCUGUUUGCUCUAGGAACAAUAAUGAGGCCUACGUCUUGUGACCGUAGCGUGCGUGUAGGUAUGUACGGCAGGAUGAAAUCGGCAAGAAAGGUAGUAGCAAGUCAAUGUAAUGCUUUGUAGGUUAGCAGUAAAAUCUUGAAAUCAGCCCUAGCCUUAACAGGAAGCCACUAGCACUGGAGUAAUAUGAUCAAAUGUUUUGGUUCUAGUCAAGAUUGUAGCAGCCGUAUUUAGCAUAACCCUGCCAGCCACACACGGACAAUCGAUAAGCAUUGCUUGCUUGAACACCAUAUACACUCCCCUCCGUAUUAUUUGGACAGUGAAGUCAAAACUUUCAAUUUGGCUCUAUACUCAAGCAUUUUGGUUUUGAGAUCAAAUGUUUCAUAUGAGGCAACAAGCAUAGAAUGUCACCUUUUAUUUUAGGGUAUUUUCAUACAUCUGUUUUACCGUUUAAAAGGUGACAUUCUGUACUGUCGCCUCAUAAAACAUUUUAUCUCAAAUCCAUAAUGCUGGAGUAUAGUGACAAAUUAAAAGUUUUAGCUUCACUGUCCAAAUACAUACAGAGGGGAGUGUAAUUGUAUAAUUGACAUAGAGUGAGCUGCAAAGCUGUUAAAGGUUAGUGUCAAUGCUAUAGAGUUGCAUGAUUAUGGUUUUAGGAUUGUCUAAAUACAUCACAUUUGAUCUCAACAAGCUUAAUAGUUUACACUACAGUACAUCCACCACCAUUUAAAUUAGUACAAGUAGUAGAACAUAGUUAUUUUCCAACUUGAUGGCUCUGCUUAUGCUCCACACAUUUCAAGCCUUCCUUUAAAAAAAAACAUUGUUUGGAUUUGUGCUAUUUGGCAAAAAUCAUAGUUUUCUGCAUAUUCGCUUUUGGAAAAAGACAGAAGCAAAGGAGCUUUCAGGUAAAAAAUAGGGCUCCUAGCAUGUAGUCUCAGCUGAUAUUUCAGAUGAGUUGCUGUUGGCACCAAAAUAUCUUGUCCAUAUCCGCCUCUGCCUGACUGUGUUCGACCGGAGAGGCAUGAAGAGCCGCAAAAUGAAUUUCUCCACUGGAAGUCCUCUAGCUUAGCUCCCGACAGGCAGGGAAGCUUGUCUCAAAUCUGAUUGGCUGCAGCUUGAGUGGUGAUACUUGAUUGUCCUAUGACUGCGUUGCGUGAGUGUGUUGCGUUGCGCCCAGGAGUCCCAGACUAAUCUCUAAUCAGUGCUCCACCUGUGCCACCAUUGGUGCUACAGUAUGUGCCAGAAAGAGAUUGUGAGAUGGAGAGACAGAGAGAGUGCGAGAAGCAAUUGAUAUGGAGGGGGGAUUUAGGUGGAGAAAGAAGGGAGUAAGCGGAAAGAGAUGGAAGGUGAAGAAGGCAGAGUGGACUUGAAGGAGAGAGGGAGAAAAGAGGAGAGAAAUGAGAGGGAGAGAAGGAAACGUCCUUGGUUUUGAGGAGGUCAACUUAUAUCACCCCAUCAGUCUCUCCAGGCACAAGUCGUUUUAUUGAGCCAGGGCUUCAGACCUGCGAGACAGGAGAUGCCAGCCAGUAUGAAAUUAACUCAGUGUUUUCCGGUUGAAAGCUCCCAGACUGCAUAAGUCACCUGCCAAAACUCCUGCCACAACUCUAUUAGCAGCUAAUCCCUCAAUGUCCUGUCACGUACAACCUGUCCUGUCCAGGGGAACGGUGAUGAAAGAAUUACAGGGGGACCAAGCAGAUCCUGCCUGGCCCAGACUUCUCAAUCAAUAUAGCCAGGAUUCAGGACAAAGAAACAACGCAGGUCUCUUAGGGAAGACACCAGGGUUAUAAAAUAAGGAAAUACAAAAAAGAUGAAGAUGUCAAACAUGCAUACAGGGUUUCUCUUAACUGGCUAAAAACAUUUUGCUUUAAAUACACAAAUGUAUCUAAUUUUAAAGCUAUUGUUUUUUUCCUUGACACGGCUUACUUUUUUGUUUUGAUCUGGUUGUUCUCAAUUACUUACACGUAUUCACGGCUUUGCCACACGUCUCACCUCUGCUUUUCUUUGUUUUGUUUUUCUGCGCUGCAUCGCCUCUCGGCGCCUUCCUCUCUCGCUCACUCUCGGCCCACCCACGUCUCCCUCCGCCCAUCCGCCUCCACAAUCAACCAACCAGAUGGCUGCAUCAGACCGCAGAGGAGCAUGGGAUGCACAGCCCCACCGGCAGACAAAUUCCUCCUACCUGAGCAGCUCCCACCUGGCCGCAGACAGGCAUGGGGGCUCUGUGCAGGUAUACACCAACCAACCACGGAGAGACUCGAAUGCUAACUACCUGUACACUGGCUGGCUUUCAAAACAGAAAACCUGCUUCAUUCCUAUGUCCUUGAUAGCCCUCUAGCCCACAGAUCCAAAGGGACAGAGUAGAUGAAAGCAGUUGAAUCGCUAGGUGGGGCCAUUGCCACGUUGCUUGCACCACCUGUUCUUUGCCCUUAAGAUAAAAUAUGUUGUGCUGUAUAUGUGACGCUGUUCCACAUGUUGAACAGCAGAGGCUGUUAUGAUGAUCAACAGCGGAGGCUGUUCAUCAUGUUGUGUUUCUGUGUUUAGCAGCAAGAGAGGAGAGCAGCUCAUACACAGCAUCAAGCAUGCACUCUGGAGGAGGCAGACAGGGAGAGACAGGUUCACAAGGCCCAUCAGACAAGCACGUUCACUCACACUCGAUCAAGAACCUUUCCCAAUAAGGGAAACCGGUAGUAAAGGGGUAGCGGUAAAGGCUAAUAAGCCGGAUAAAUGGCACCACACAUGGAUGUCUGGAAAUGGCUAAGCUGUAUGGAGGGAGAUUGGUAACUUCACUUUAGUUGAUGUUUCUGUUGUGAGGGCCUACAUACUACUGUCGUGUGUGACCGAGCAGGCGAGAUGCCAUAAGCAUUCAUUACAGCUGAUGUCAUCAUAACAGCUUAUGACAACUGGCUUUAUGCUAACUUGACACUAUUUGUUGUUGUUAAGAUAGUUGGCUAGGCCUACUGCGAGCUAGCAUACAAAUGUAAGUAACAGUUAUAUGUUGUGACAGUGUUAAGUCAGUUGUCACAAGAUGCGGCAGGUAGCCUAACGGUUAAGAGCGUUGGACCAUUAAUCGAAAGGUCGCUGGUUUGAAUCCCGUAGCCGACUAAGUGAAAAAUCUAUCUGUGCCCUUGAGCAAGGCACUUAACCCUAAUUGCUCCUGUAAGUCGCUCUGGAUAAGAGUGUCUGCUAAAUGACUAAAAUGUAAAAAAAUAUAUAAUGUAAUUAUGGCACUUUGGGCUAUAUUAUGAUCAUGACAGUGUUUGGUUGACCUUAUGAUGGAGUUGUCAAUGUUGUCAUUGGGUAUUUUUCCGUUUUAAUCCUCCUAGCAGAAUGAUCCUUAUUUUGGCUUGACUGAUAUAUCGUUUUUCCUCAUGUGCCUCAGGUGGUAACCUCCACCAAUGGGGAGCUGAACGCAGACGACCCAAUGACGGCCCAUUCCAACGCACCUAUCGCAGUGCAGGCCGAGGUGGAGGUGGUGGAAGAGGCCAAGUAUGUAUAUGGCGCUUCGUCUUCUGUUGCAGCUAGCUCUCUCUCUCUCUCUCUCUCUCUCUCGCUCUCGCGUUCUCGCUCUCUCACUCUCUCUCUCUCCCUCUCCCCAUCUCUCGCUUGGUCAUUGGUCUCUUUCAUUUUACAUUUACAUUUUAGUCAUUUAGCAGACGCUCUUAUCCAGAGCGACUUACAGUUAGUGAGUGCAUACAUUUUCAUACUGGCCCCCCGUGGGAAAUGAACCCACAACCCUGGCGUUGCAAGCGCCAUGCUCUACCAACUGAGCUACAGGGGACUCUUUCAGUAGCACUUUGUUGUUAGUUGUAUUGGAAGACAAUUUAUGACAGCAAGUGGUAUUUGGGGUAAUUUCUUUACCACGACUCUUGCUCAAUCCAUGAGAUUGACUGACUGUCCAAUCCCAACAAGUUUGAAGCUCAGUAAAAGAGGAUUAGAUCCAAUAAAUCAAACUGCUUGAGUCAGGAUCAAAUCAUGUCCAACCAAGUUGUCUCUUGUGGAUGGAACCUGUUGGGACCGGAUGGGGUUUUGAUGGGGAUCUCCUGACAAACUGAUAAUCUGCAACAAAUCCAAAUUUGGUUCAGUUACAGUUUUAAUUACAAAGUUAAAUUGCAAAGUUAUUAAGGUGAUCUAAAUUAUCUUAUUAAAAUGUUCUGAAAAUAUACCAACUAGCUAAAACAAAAAAUAACAAAAUCAAAAUCCCCAUCCUUGUUUAGUAAGAAGCUGUUCAAUCAUCAUUUCAAAAUAGUUAAUAAGUACCGUAUACCUAACUAAACAGGUGACUUUUUUUCACAUUCAAUGUCAUAUAGUAGAUUUACAUAUGUUACCUAUUCUGAUUAUUCUCUAUUCCUAAAAAUCAGUUGACAGUUGAGUUUACAUUGUAUAAUAUAGGUGCUCUGUCUCUCAUUCACAUUUGUCUCUUUGUUUUGAUUGUUUCCCUUGCAUGAACUGCAAUGAUUGUCCUUUCCUCCACUGCCCAGCCACGGUUUUGUCUCUUACCUGUGUGUAUGUGCGUGCGUGCAGUUGUACAUUGCACAAGGACUAUCUUAGUCGUUGUCCCUCUCUUUCUCUCUCUGUACAUUAUUAAUAUGUCUUUUCUCCUCACACUCUUUGUAGCUGCGUGAAAAUGCUCAACCUGUGGUGAGUCCCCGCUCCCAUGCACAUCAGCCAUUCAAAAGGGAGUGGACUAGACUAGCACUAAAC